UGAUGCGAAGAGCAUGUCUUCCUGGAAACCGAUGCCUUGGACGAGGCCCGCUAGCCUUGAUUGUAGUCGGUGCCCUCGCCCUGGGGGAACUGAUCGGCCUGCUGGUGAUCAACCGGAUCAACCCUUCCCCGGUUCCCGGGUCUUCUCCUCCGUCGUCUCCACAGCAACGUCGCGUUAACUCCGCUGUCCCCGUGGACGAGGAGGUGACGCCUGCCGGAGGCGCGCGUGGUGUCCACAUACUGGACCUGCUCGUGCAGCGCACCCCCUUCAAGUUCGACGAAGACGCGAUCGAACUCGACGCCAGCAGAAAGUACAAAAUAGCACGCUCUUUCCUCUCUCCCGAUGCGGAUUUCGGCUCGCCGGACGCUGGCGAAGUGUGCCUCGCCACGCAGAGCUCGCUCGAUCGCCUCCACACGCUCGUCGAACUGGCCCAGCUGUGGAAUGGACCUUUGUCGCUGGCCGUGUUCGUUGCGAGCGCGGCGCAGUUCCAGGCGCUACGCGCCUACCUCGCCCUGCUGCGCUCCUGCUCGGAGCCCGUGCGAGCCAACGUGCGCGUGGACCUCGUCUUCCCGGUCGGCGUCAACGUGACGCGCGCCGUCCCCUGGUCGACCCGCGGCGGCGGUGGCCCUGAAUUCUCGUGCUCCAGCCACGCGUCGUUGCUGCGCACGCUGCACGCUUCGGGAGGUGCCCGCGUGAUCCGCGGCAGCGUCAAGCAGAUGCUCUACCCGCAGAACCACUUGCGCAACGUGGCCCGGGACGGCUGCUCGCCGCAGAAGUACUUCUUCGUCGUCGACAUCGACGUGAUGCCCAAGCCGGGCCUGUGGGACGAGCUGUCCGAUUUCUUGGCCUCGGCCAACAGUGGCCGGCGGCUGCCGUGCGCAAAGUGCGUGUUUGUGGUGCCCACGUACGAGGCGCGCGAAAUGGUGGCCGUGCCGAGGACCAAGCGCGAGCUGCUCGCAAUGGUGCAUCGCAGGGAAGCCCGCCCCUUCCACGAGAAGUCAUUCGUCUUCAACCAGUACGCGACCAACCAUGCCGCCUGGGAGGCCCUGCCGCACUCCGAGGACGGCCUGCAUGCCGCUUACAGGGUGCAGCGCUACGAGUUCUUUUACGAGCCAUUCUACGUGGCUGGCAAGGACGUGCCCCGAUACGACGAGAGGUUCGUCGGAUACGGCUUCACGCGGAACACGCAGGUGUACGAGACGCACGCGGCUGGCUUCGAGUUCUGGGUGCUGGACGAGGCGUUCGCCCUGCACCGGGGCAUGCAGAACCACCGAGCCAGGGGCUACUGGCGCGAACGGCAGAACACGCUCAACCAGCGGAAGCUGGCGGGCUUCAAGCGGGACGUUAAGAGAAAGUACCUCGUCACCAGGACGACGCUCCCUCCGGCCACCAAACCGCCGUUGUUGUGACCAACUCGUUGAGCGUUUCCGGCUGCGUGCGAGAGUUUUGUGAACAACACAGCGUAUAGGCUGCCCUGUUACACGUUAGCGGAGAGUAUUGACGGACAAGCAGUUGUGAGGCGUCAAUUUAUUUGGGAAGAUCGUCCAGUCAAGUGUUUGACAGGUGCGCAGUUGCGACGAAAGUAUAAGAAAUCACGUUCCCGGAUACGCGCGUGUCCGUCUCUGACACGGUGAACAAACGGCAUAUGGCAUGCAGAGGUACAGCUUGAAGGAUAACAUUAUUACUCUAUACGGUUAUCGGUGAACGAGCAACCUCGGAUAUCGACGAUUUCUCGACCACUGAUAACGCACUGCAUGCACUGCAGCUUUACGAAGGGUGCUGGCGCUUGA